AUGGCCAUGCGGCGGGCAGAUAUUGACGACGUGCCGCCUCCACCGUAUUCUGAGACGGACAUCUACUCAACCGCCGGCCGUACCGCGACCAGCAAUACCUCAAAUUCACCACACAUCCCGCCAAGCGCCGAUGAUGCUGCAUCAAGGGUCUCAUCCCACGCCUCGUCGACUCAGAGCGAAGUCAUAUUCACCCCGCCACUGACACCCCGCACCAGCAGCGGUCUUCACCAACCCCGUCAUAGCCGUCACGACUCAUUCUCCAACGCCAGCCUCUCGAACAAUGCGCCUUCGACGGUAUUUUCAGACUUCGCAGCGGCUUUUUUCGACUCCCGCCCUGCGCCAGUCCUCUCGCCGCGUGAACAGCUUGUUCAUACAAUCGCCAUCACGCCAACAACAACCCCAGACGAUAUCCCCUACGCCUCAACCUGGGCCGCCCGCGAUAUUACGCAGCAGGAUUGGGCGACCUUCACGAACUUCCUGAUCCCUCACCACGCGGCAGCCCGCAAUGUGGCCGUCAUCAACCGCAAGCUGCAAGCUGAGGAGGAAGCGGCUGCUGCAGCUGCCGCCGCUACGUCCAGCGUGAAUAGCAUCAGCGGCCAGAGCCAUGCAUCCGCCCAAUUAGAACAGAUUCGCGCUGACCCUGAGACGGACCCUGGAGCUGCGGCAGCGACUGGAGGCCUAAGAAGGGAAGACGCAGAGGGCGUCAUUACGCAAUGGAACGAGGGCUUUUUCCGCCCGCGCGGCAUGCUUGUCAGGCUUGCACCGGAGGUCGAGGAGCUACGUAUGCCGGGGGCUUGGGAUCAGUCCUUCGACAGAAAUGUUGACAGUCCUGCCUCCGCCGGGUUAGGCGGUCCUACGCCUGUGCCAUUCCCUGUUCAUCCUCAUCAAGGUCCGGUACAGCCGCAGCCUGCGCCUUCUGCAUCCAGAAGCUGGAACUUCGCGGGAAUCAGACUGAGCGAAGACGGUAUCUCCAUCGGAGACCGCUUUGUCGCGGACGUAAACGGCAUUAGAAUGGGAAAUUUUAUAGCAGACGAGAGAGGCAUCAGAUUCGGGAACAGCAACAACCAUAACAAUAACAACACCCCAUCCCGCGGGCAACCAUAUGUCGGCCAGCCAUGGCAUCCUGCUCCGGGUCCAGGGCCAAUGUUUGGACCUCCCGGUCCCGGACCAUUUCCCCCGGGACCCCACGCCCCUCCUCCAGGGCCUCCUCCAGAACACCCCGGCUUUCCAGGACAUCGCAGGGGCGGAAGCGGCCGCGGUCGUCAACACGGUAGGCAUGCCUCAAACCACCGCCGCUCAUCAUCAUCUUCCUCAGAAUCAUCGGAUUCAUCCACCUCUUCCUCCUCUACGACGUCUUCGAUAGGUUCCUUGCCCGAUUACGAUGACCUCUAUCCGGAACAGCUACCAGUCUACAAACAACGGGUAACAGACUGGCUCUCCCAUCCAGACUUGCCCGUCACAAAAGCCGACAUCACGCGCCUCCGGUCCGAGAUCCGCUCCGCAAGAUCAGCUGCGAGAGAGCAAGCAAAGAACUCUGACUCCGCAGCGGUUUCAGGAGCUCCUGCCAUCGACGAGAAGGCGCUCAAAGCGGAAAUCAAGGCUUUGACUCAAGAAUGGCGCAAGCUCAAACGCCAGCAGCGUGCUGUUCUUAAGGAGAAGCGCCGGGAGCGGCGCGCGAGGAGACGGGAGGAGAAGAAGGAGCGCAGGGAACAGAGACGAGAAGACCGGCGUGUACGGAGGGAGAAUCGACGACAUGGUAGCAUGGGUCAUCAUCAUCAAAGCCCGACGACGUGGGGUGCGCCUCCGCCGUUUCCGCCUCCGGGCGUGCAUGUCCCACCACCGCCUACAAUGCCCGUUCCUCUUGUACCAAUUGUGAACCCUCCCCAGCCUCCGGUCAUGCACACACCCCCGCCGCCGAACGUUAAUACCCCGGGUAGCUUUCCAUGGGGCGCACCAGGCAGUGGUCCUGGCAUGAGCUUCGCCGGGGGCUACCCCGGAGCUGCCCCCUGGAAUGGGGGAUUUGGUAGAGGUUGGGGAGGCGGUCACGGCCGUAGAGGUGGCUCGUUCAAUGGCGGGUUCCCUGGCCCCUGGCCUGUCGCAGGCGAAAGAGGCAUGGAACCGUCCUCACCAGCAACCCCAGCGCCACAGCCCCCUUCAUCGCAAGCUCUCUUCCGCGCCGUCGAAGAGAUGGAGCGAGACUUGGCGCAGAAGGUGGAAGAGCUCGACAAGGUCCGUGUCGAACAGGUGGCGGAGGAGACGGUGAACUCCUCCAACAGAGGUGGAGGGAGAUGCGGAGGUGGGCGUAGUAGAGGAUGGGGACGUUGUGGCAGGGGUGAAAGCUCCGGUAGCCAGCAGGCGGCACAGCGGCUGGAAGAGGAGAUAGAUGCGAUAUCUAGAAACGUGGAGAAACUCAGGGUUGAAGCUGAUGCUGAGUUCGCGAGGGAACUGGCAGCAGAGGAAAGGAAGGUCAGCGGAGGGUGGUAA